AUGUCUCUUUUGUCCAUUGGUAUCCUCCUAGGCAGUCUUCCUGUCGGGUCCAGCCAAUUUCCUCGGGCAUGUGCCAAUUCAGACAGUCUGCUGCGAAAGGAGUGCUGUCCUCCUUGGCCAGGUGAUGGUUCCCCUUGUGGAGAGCUCUCAGGUAGGGGGUCCUGCAAGGACAUCAUUCUCUCUGAUGCCCCUCUUGGUCCUCAGUUCCCCUUCUCUGGGGUGGAUGACAGGGAGGACUGGCCUGUGGUGUUCUAUAACAGGACGUGCCAGUGCUCCGGCAACUUCAUGGGGUUCAACUGCGGUGGUUGUAAGUUCAAUUUUGUGGGUCCCAACUGCACUGAAAAGAGGCUGCAAGUGAGAAGAGACAUCUUCCGGCUGAGCGCCAGAGAAAAGUAUCAAUUCCUUGCCUACCUCAACCUGGCAAAGCACACCACCAGCCGGGAUUUUGUCAUCGCCACUGGAACAUAUGCCCAGAUGAACAAUGGAUCCAAUCCCAUGUUCCAAAGCAUCAACAUGUAUGACCUCUUCGUCUGGAUGCAUUAUUACGUGUCUCGGGACACGUUGCUUGGAGGCACAGAUGUCUGGCGGGACAUUGAUUUUGCUCAUGAGGCUCCAGGUUUCCUUCCUUGGCAUCGUGUUUUCUUACUCAUGUGGGAACAUGAGAUCCAGAAGAUCACCGGGAAUGAGAAUUUCACCAUACCUUACUGGGACUGGCGUGAUGCCCAGGACUGUGACAUAUGCACAGAUGAGUACAUGGGUGGAAGGCACCCCAGCAACCCCAAUCUUCUGAGCCCUGCUUCUUUCUUCGCUUCAUGGCAGGUCAUCUGCAGCAAAUCAGAAGAGUACAACAGCCGCCAAGAACUUUGCAAUGGCACAAGCGAAGGGCCUAUUCUUCGAAAUCCUGGGAACCAUGAUAAGGGGAGGACUCCCAGGUUGCCAUCCUCUGCUGAUGUUGAAUUCUGCUUAAGUCUGACCCAGUACGAAGCUGGAACCAUGGACAAAAUGGCCAACUUCAGCUUCAGGAACACUUUGGAAGGCUUUGCAAACCCAAGUACUGCAAUAUCAAACUUAUCUCAAAGCAGUUUGCAUAAUGCACUGCACAUCUACAUGAACGGCUCGAUGUCCCAGGUACAAGGAUCGGCUAAUGAUCCCAUCUUCAUACUGCACCAUGCUUUCGUUGACAGCAUUUUUGAACAGUGGCUGAGAAGACAUCAACCGCUACGUGAAGUGUACCCUGCAGCCAAUGCCCCGAUUGGACACAACCGGGAAUAUUACAUGGUUCCCUUCAUUCCCCUCUACAGGAAUGGGGAAUUCUUCGUUCCAUCAAGAGAACUAGGAUAUGACUAUGAAUAUUUAAUCAAUCCAGAACCCAACCCCUUCCAGAAUUUUUUUGUGCCUUACUUGGAACAAGCCCGUCAGAUCUGGCCAUGGCUGGUGGGGUCUGUUGUGGUCGGUGCUGCCAUAACAGUGCUGGUUGGGUUCAUCAUCACUCUGGCCUGUCGGAAGAAGAAAAAAAUCUCAGAGGAAACACAACCUUUGCUCAUGGAGACUGAAGAUUAUCAGCAUUACCAGUCACACGUAUAA